AGCCUACACUAUAGAAGGGUAAACACUAUGGUAUACCUUACCUGCUACAGAGGGGUGAAAACUAUGUUAUAUGCUGCACGCUAUUUAAAACAAUUUAGCCUACACUAUAGAAGGGUGAACACUAUGGUAUACCUUACAUGCUAUAGAGGGGUGAAAACUAUGUUAUAUGCUACACGCUAAUUAAAACAUUGCUAAGCUGUCCACCUGUUUCAAAUGCCGUGGCCCAUGCAAUGAAUGGCCCAUUCUGAAUUAUAGCUCAUGGCAUCUACAGAGUAGGACCACCUGAUGAAUGACCAUUAUGCUUUUGUUCCUCUGUAUCUUGGAUGAUGUCUGUUAUCCUUAUAUAUAAUUUUCUUUUCUCAAUAAGAUUUUGGUAUCCUUCGAACGAAAAAGAUUUACCACUUGUCGAUUUUAUUGGCAUCCAAAUGACCCUAAAUGAUGGAUCCAUCUGAUAAUUCUAAAAAAAAGAUAGGACCCACCUGAUUGACCGCUUAGAUCUCUCUCUCUCUCUCUCUAACUAUUCUCUAGUUACGCAACACUCCUGCAGAAAUGGAGCAAUGGAUACAAGUGGAGCCAUGGAUAGAUCAAUCGAAGCAGCAACUAGAUCGACUGAUGGAAUGGGUUCAGCGGCAACCAGCAGCACAAUUCUAUGCUACUUUUGCUAUUCUGUUCCUAUCAUCCAUUUUUUUCGUGUUGGUCCGUGUUCUCAAACGCACAAAGUCUAACACCAUAGUGCUUGCGGGUUUAAGUGGCAGUGGAAAGACAAUUCUUUUCUACCAGCUUCGAGAUGGCUCGUCACAUCAGGGUACUGUUACGUCAAUGGACCCAAAUGAGGGGAGUUUUGUGCUGCAUUCUGAAUCUGAAAAGGGCAAAAUAAAGCCAGUCCAUGUUGUCGAUGUUCCUGGGCACUAUCGGCUUCGACCCAAGCUUGACGAGUUCUUGCCACAAGCAGCUGGCCUUGUUUUUGUUGUGGAUGCCUUGGACUUCUUGCCAAACUGUCGAGCAGCUGCAGAGUAUUUGUAUGAUAUUUUGACAAAGGCAGCUGUUGUUAAGAGGAAAAUCCCACUACUAAUUGUAUGCAACAAGACUGAUAAAGUGAGUGCUCACUCCAAGGACUUCAUCAGGAAGCAACUGGAAAAGGAAAUAGACAAGCUACGGGUGUCAAGAACCGGUGCUUCAGCAGCUGAUAUAGCUGAUGAAUUUACCCUUGGUGUGUCCGGGGAGCCCUUUGUGUUCUCUCAGUGUCUUAACAAGGUGAUGCUCGCAGAGUCCUCAGGUUUGACAGGGGAGAUAUCUCAGGUUGAGCAGUUCAUUAGGGAAUAUGUUAGAUGUUAGCGUCCUCACAGCUCAUUUGCAGCUCUUUCGGAAUCAGCAUCUUGUCUUCCAUUACUGAGGGUAACAACCAUUUUCCUUCCGUGACUAAUGAAGGAUUCCAGGUUUUGCAUCGCUUUUUCCUCCAAAGCUCAUGUAACCCCCACCCCCCCCCAAAAAAAAAAAAAAAAGAAAAAAAAAGAAAAAAAAGAAGGAGAUUCUGGGUCAUUCAUCAGGCGGGGCCACGUUGGUUGUAGCAGCAUGUCAAAAUCUACUUGGAUUUUUGUAUGAAAGAUCAAAAUCCAUUGGAACUGUGGAUGAUGGUUGGGAUGUGUUUGUAUGGUAGUUUUACUAGGAUGCUAUGUCAUCGACAAUUUCCAAGAUGUUAUCAGAUUAUUACAGGUGGAAGUAGAGCUCUGGCUGCAGUUCGCAUGUGGCCUUUCAGU